AUGGAUAUAGACUUAGCCUUGAGAAUGCCCAAACCCGAUGAACUCAAUGAGCAAAGUACUCAAGAGGAUGAGGUUUAUUGGGGUAAGUGGGAACGUUCAAAUAGGCUAAGUCUUAUGAUCAUGAAGCGCAGAAUUCCAGAAGCUUUCAGGGGUGCGAUAACCUAUGAGGUUACUAAUGCCAGUGACUUCCUUGCGGAAAUUCAGAAACGUUUUGCCAAAAACGAUAAGGCUGAAACGAGCACGCUUUUAGCAAGCUUGAUUUCAAUGAAGUAUAAAGGCAAGGUUAAUGUUUGGGAGUACAUCAUGGAGAUGUCUCAUCUUGCUUCAAAACUUAAGGCUUUGAAACUUGAGUUAUCUGAUGAUUUACUCGUGCAUUUGGUUCUCAUCUCUCUUCCUGCACGAUUUAAUCAAUUCAAGAGGAAGAGAGAUUGA